AAAAGAUACUUUAUUAAAACAAUAAAAUCAGAUGUAAAACUCAGACCCCAUUGUUCUCGUUGAAGAGUGUUUAUUUGCUUCAAACAAUCUUAUCUUUUCAGGGGACUUUCAACCUUUUUCAUUGAAAUUUUUUAGAGUGACAACAGGAGUCAAGCUGUUUGACCUUUGACCGGCCAGAAGCUCGGCUCCUCAGCAGGAGAAACUCAAUCAGAGAAAGGUUUUGCUGGAGAGCGUUCUGACGGCAUGAGUGGAAAAUCCUCUUCUGAGUUUAAGAGUAAUUAGGAGAAACAUGAACAUCUUUUAUCUGUUCGUUUGGAUCCUGGACAUUUUUCAAUGGACUCCUUUCGAUUCAAAUCCAGUUGAUUGUUUUUUUAAAGGUCUGGUAGGAGCCUGUGGAGUUUCAGUCCUCUAUAAUCUGAUGAGAGUUUACAAUUUCAUUCAAGCAUGCAGUGAUCCUGACACCGAAGGUGGAGACAGACGGAGGUCGUCUUCCUCUAGAAAUCCUCUGAGGAGGAAAUGGAGAGCGGCGGUCCAGUUCUGGUUGCUGGCCGGCGUCCUCUCUCUGGUGGGCCGCAGGGUUUCCUCUCUCAUCGUGCUGGAGUUUUCCCUCAGAGCCGUUUCUGCAUUGGCCUCCGCCGGACAGGACGACGGGUCCAGAGGUCUGGAGCUGCUCCUGGUCCAGAGCCAGUUCUCUCUGGGCUGCAGCCUCACCUGCACUCUGGCCUUCAUCCAUCAGGGGGCGCUACACAGCUCCUUCGGCUUGCUCCUGGCCGCUGCGCUCAGCUGGGCAUUUGCGAGCUACAGCAGCGGUCUGUGGCGCCAUGUGGCCAGGCUGUUCCCGCUGCACAGGACCGAUGGUUACUGUGGGAAGUGCAUCAAUCUCCUAACCUCUGGACACACCAUGCUGGCCUCGCUGCAAAGAGUGGUUAUCUUGGCCUUUGGUACAGCAGCUGUGGCUUCCACCACCACGGUUUACGAGCACUUCUUAUCCCAGAAGGACGCGAUGAAGUUCUGGACUCCACUCACUCUCUGCUACACCAUGUUGGUGGCCUACAACCAAGAGGAGCAACAUCGGCUGAGCAUCACAGAGGCCCUGCUGCGGACCGUGGUGCUGCGACUGGGAGGCCUGCUGGUUCUCAUGCUGGCAGUGGGAAACUGGACAGACGUUCUCCACAUCCUCGUCGCUUUUCUGGGAGAAGGAGUCUGUCUGCUGCCUUCUGAGGAUCUGCUGCAGGCUGCAUUAAAGGAAGAACGAGAACGCUGCCAGGACAAACAGAGGACCUGCCACAGAUCAAGGAUGAGAAUACAGUAGAAGGUGGUUAGCAAACACACCAUUGUGAGUCAGAGGAACGGGCUGAAUGUUUCUAGAAAGGCUCUGAAUUUAGUUUUGAAUUGGUGAAUGGUAUUUGAAAUGCAGUUUGGACAAGAAGGAGAAGGGGAUAGUUGGUAGCCAAAAGGAAAACAUUUCUGUUUUCUUUCAAGCUGAAAGAAAGAUUGAAAAUCUCUUAUUUCUUAUAUCUUAGUCAAACUUCUUAUGGAGAUGCAAAAACUUAUAAAAUACUAAAAACGUUCUGAAUGCAUGAACCAUUGGCUCGUGAAGCUCAACCUGUAAUAAUACCUUUCAGAAAAAUGUCAAUGAUGCCCAGAUUUAUUUUUGUAGAAGUCGUGACUUUUUUACACAAUUCACCUUUGAAUAUUUCUGCAGAAAAAGAACAUUUUUAAGCAUACAUUCAUUGAAGUCUCGCUCUAUCUCCAUGGUUCCCUGAUUGCUCCCACAUGUUAUCAACCUUUUCUCUACUACAUGAGCUCACAGGAAAACCUUUUAAUCUUAUUUCUUGCCCAGCAUCUUGCAGGUCCAGAAGCUUUCAUGAGAAACUUUCUCAUAAAAUAACAAUUUCCAAGUUUUUUAGCAAUAAAAUAACCUGGGACAAAGGACUGUUCUGUCUUUCCAGGAGUAGCGGAUAUUACCGCAGCUCUGAAUUAUGCUACUGUACAUUCAGUCGGUCAAUUAAUCUGUCAUCAUCGAUCUGAGGCAAAUUCUUCACCUUCCCAGGGAACAAUCAUUAUCAUACGUACAAACAGAUGUGGGGCUCCUUUUAUAAUUUAUUUUCACUCAGAGAUGAGAAUCAUUAAGAAGCUAAUGCAAUCUAAGGCUGCAAGUCAUGAUUAUUGUAGCAAUCAAUUAAUCAGGUUUAAAAUAACUUCACAUUCUGCAGAUAUUUUAUUAAAGCCUUUUUUGUAUAAAACUAUAAGUACAACAAGAGAACCAGGUGAAGCUAAAGCUAUGCCACUUUGGGUAGAAAAUAAUUACAGACAGGUAUAUUUUUUACUUAAAUGCAAAAUGUAUAUAAUUUUUGUACCUUUUUUGGUUUAAUUACUGCUCUGAGAAUGUCGCUCUUUCAGAAAUUGUUUUUUUAAAAGUCUGUAUCCUCCAGUUGAUGAUUAAUCAAUGACUAAAUUAGUUAAUUAUUUCAAUAAUCAAUUCAUCGCAUUUCAGCAAAGUGUAAAUCUGUUUCUGAUUAAACAACUGUAUGUUCCUACUUAAAAGAAAUAUGUGUAAGUAGCAAUGAGGAGAAAAUGUAAAGACUGAUAAUAAUAAAAAUAAUAAUAAAGUACGGCACCAUUUUCAUUGGGUAGUGGCAGCUUCAUGCUGCGUGGAUCCUUUACUUCAGCAGGAACAGGUCGCAAAAGACUGGAGACUGGAACAGAGGUUCACCUUUUAUCAGGUCACUGACCCUAACCACGUAUCCAUAGCUACAACAGAAUAAAAAAAACAUGGCCUAGUCAAAGUCCACACCAAAAUCCAACUGAGAAUUUAGGGGCACAACUUAAAAAUUGAUGCUCUCCAUCAACCAGUCUGAAAUUUCAGUUUCAUUUCUGUUUGCUACGUUUUGUACCGAUCGCAUUUGUUUUAAAUAAAUAAACUGAACGGACUUUAGAGAAAAUGUUCGUUUAAGAAAAGAAACUGUAUAAAGGAUAGUAGACGAGCAACAGAUUUGUUUAGAAGGAAAUGUUUCCCCUAUACCAGAAGAUUUUGCUCCACAAAUCCUUUGUAAUUUUUUAGGAUUUUAGAAAUAGAAAUAUCCUUUAUUUCGGCGCAACACAGCAAAGUGAUAGAAAAUCACAAAAAGACAGAAUAUAAAAUAUAGAAUAAAAACAGAAUAAAGGGCAAAAUUGUAACAUAAAUACUGUGUAGUUAUGAAAAAACAGUGUGCAAUGGAGUUGGUUGAUUAAAAAAUGUGCAUGUCACUGUCAGACCAUUUACAAUUAGUGAGAAUAAUUUCAUAAUCAUACACUUUUGCUUCCAACAAAUAAAGUCCUAAAUCCUCUUUUA